AUGGCAUUGCCUGUGCUGCUACUCCAAUUCCUUCUGUCGUUGCCAAUUAGCAAGGCCGGCUGCGAGGAAAAAUGUGGCGACAUCCCCAUUCCCUACCCGUUCGGCUUUGGAAACCCAAACUGUUACAGAAAGCGGUACGACGUAACCUGCAACCACACUUUCACCCCUCCGAAACCUUUUAUAUCAAACACCAACUACGAAAUUCUAAAUAUAUCCCCACUAGGCCAAUUGCACACCAAAACCUUCGUAACUUAUGAUUGCUACGAUCAAGAAAAAGAUAGGAGUAUUAACAGGGUCCGCUCUUCUUUCGGUCUCGUAGAUCUUCCUUACACUUUUUCCGACACCAAAAACAAAUUCACGGCAAUAGGUUGUGACACUGUAUCCUACAUAACCGGCACCCGGGACGGCCGCGGAUUCACAACCGGAUGCUCAAUGGUUUGCAGCGACCAACAGAGCUUGGGAAACGGGUCUUGCUCAGGAAUGGGUUGUUGUCAAACUUCGAUCCAAAAGGGGUUCAAGAUGUUUGUGGUGGAGCUCUAUAGCCUCUACAACCACACCAACGUCUCGAAUUUCAAUCCAUGCAGCUACGCUUUCAUGGUCGAUUCGGAAUGGUUCAACUUCUCAGUACCUGAUAUCUUGGGCUACAUGGGCUUCUAUAAUAGAAAUGAAAAAAUGGUCCCAGCCGUACUCGAUUGGGCAAUAGAGAAGUACACCUGUGAAAAUGCUUCCAGUAGUGAUCCAAAUUAUGCAUGUGGUAAGAACAGCGAAUGCUUUAACUCUCCUAAUGGUUUGGGAUAUCUCUGCAACUGUUCUCAAGGUUACCAAGGCAACCCUUAUUUUGAUCACGGAUGCCAAGACAUAGACGAAUGCAUGAAUUCAACUAUGAACGACUGCUCUUCAUCCGGGGUUUGUACCAAUACGCCUGGGAGUUACACCUGCUCUUGCCCGCCUGGUACUCGUGGGGAUGGAAGAGAAAACGGAAGUGGUUGUGCAUCUCCUCCGAGGAAUCUAUCUCAGCUGAUACAAGUCUUCUUAGGAAUUGGUUUUGGCAUCUUGUUUCUACUAUUUGUUAGCUCUUGGCUGUAUUGGGGAAUCCAACAUAGAAGGCAAAAGAAACGCAAAGAAAACUUUUUUCAGCAAAAUGGAGGUCUCUUGUUGAGGCAACUGCUCUCUUCACAUGAUGCAAAUGUAGAAUUUACUGAAGAGGAACUCGAGAAAGCAACCCAUAACUAUGACAAGAGUCUGAUCCUAGGUCGCGGUGGCUAUGGUACAGUAUAUAAAGGAACUUUACCAAAUAAUAAGAUAGUUGCCAUUAAGAAAUCCAAAAUAGUUGAUGAAAGUCAGGUUGAGCAAUUCAUCAAUGAGGUGGUUAUUCUUUCUCAGAUUGAGCAUGAGAAUGUAGUCAAGCUUUUAGGUUGUUGCUUAGAUUCUGAAGUUCCAUUGUUAGUAUACGAAUUCAUUACUAAUGGGACCUUAUUCCAUCAUAUUCAUGAUGAAGGUCACAAAUCGUCCAUUUCAUGGGACAAUCGUUUAAGGAUUGCUACAGAAACUGCAAAAGCAAUUGCCCAUUUGCACUCUGCAGUCACUCCUCCAAUUAUUCACAGAGAUAUUAAAUCUGCCAAUAUUCUCUUAGAUGACUUUUUUAAAGCAAAAGUGUCAGAUUUUGGAGCUUCAAGAUUAGUGCCACUCGACCACACUCAGCUUACCACAUUAGUACAAGGGACAUUGGGGUACUUAGACCCAGAAUAUUUUCAAACAAGUCACUUGACAGAGAAGAGUGAUGUUUACAGUUUUGGUGUUGUUCUUGUUGAGCUAUUAACCGGAAGAAAAGCACUUGAAUUGGACAGACCCGAAAGAGAGAAGAAUUUGGCUAUACAUUUCAUGAAUUUGAUGAAAGAAGAUGAUAUUUUGAAUAUUUUGGAAGACAGAGUGUUACAUGAGGCUGACAAGGAUCAACUUUGUGAAGUCACAAAGCUUGCAUGCAGAUGCCUAAGUAUGAAGGGAGAGGAAAGGCCCACGAUGAAGGAAGUAGACAGGGAGCUAGAAGGGUUCAGGGGUUUCGACAACCAUCCAUGGGUUGAACAUAAUCAUGAAGAAGCAGAGUAUUUGCUUGGUGAGCAAUCAAAUUUACAAAGGUGCAGCACUGCGGAGUAUGACAGCAGUUUGAGGGGUCAUGUUGCAAUAUCAUUGAACAAUGGGCGAUGA